AUGCCUUCCACUUCGCACCUCCGUCUCCAAACGGACUUUGAGCCCUUCUCUGCUGAGACGACUCGCACUCCCUUUGUUUCUUCACCACCCGCAAAGAAGCAAAAGAUGUCUCUCACCCAGACCUACUACAUCGCCGCCUCUGCCCGCUCCAAGCUGGGCAAGGAGGCCUGCCGCGCCGACCACGACCUCCGCCUGCUCGUCGGCCACGCCAACCUUCUCGACUCGCUCAUGAUCGAACUCCAGGACGCCGAGAGGCAGCAAGAGGCCUGGUUCCACAGCACCGUCGCAAAGGCACAGAAGUCAGAAGAGCCCCGACACAUCCAGUGGGCCGACAGCAUCGCCGAGGAGGAGGACGAUGAUGAUUCUUCCGAUUCCGACUCAGACUCCGACUACUACGACGAGGAGGGCGACUUCGACAUGGUCAUGCCCCGCCACAUCGCGCAAGCGCCAGUACAGAUUGUCACCGAGGAGGUCGAUGAGGAGGACGACCAGUACGACGACUUGGAGAACGACGAAGGUCUUGCCCUCACCCGCGUACCAUCACAAUCACCACCAGAGCUCGUUCACGACGAGGACUCUGACGACGAGUCGCCGCCUACCCCGCCGCAACCCACAAUGGAGUUCUCGGCGAAGGAGGCCAUGCUCACCACAUCCUUCUACGACGAGAAGUCGCGACCACUCUUUGAAACCGAAGAGAUCUAUAUGCCGCAAUCGACAGCCCCGCUCAUCACAAGUUACUAG